AUGGUGGCAGUGGGCGGAGACGACGGUGCUGGAGUUGGGGCGGCGGUUGCAGUAUGCAAGCGUUACAAACCGGUAGCACGGGCUGAGCAAGCGAAGGGGUCUUGUUCGGGGCAGCACCGGGUGGGAAAGACUUCCCAUCGCUGCAAUGUCACUUGCCUUGCCAACACCUACCCUUUCUCAACAACCAACCCUCGGCCACCGCUCGACCAUGCCGGUCCCCUGCGGUUCGCCCUCCCGCUCGUCCUGCAUCGCUCACCCGCCCAGCUCAGUCCUGCCCGCUUACGCGACUGCCCGCUCACCGCGCCCCCUCUCACCCGGCCCGCUCAUCCCCGCCCGCCUCACCCCCGCCCUCAUCCGCCCGCUACCGCCCGCUCAUCCCCGCGCGGCCUCAUCCGCCCGCUCAUCCCGCCGCACCGCUCAUCACUGCACCCCAUCCCCGCUCAUCGGCCCGCCGCCUCACCCACGCUCAUCCCGCCUACCCCCGCCUCUACCCCGCCCGCCACCCCGCCCCCCAUCCCGCCCGCUCACCGCUAUCCCGCCUCGCUCACCCUGCCCACUCCCGCCCGCUCACCGCCGCCCGCUCAACCCUGCCUGCUCACCCAGCGCACUCACCCUGCCCGCUCACCCCCCGCUCACCCUGUCCGGAAACCCUGCCCGCUCACCCAGCGCACUCACCCUGCCCGCGCAUCCUGCCCGCUCAUCUCCCCACUCACCUUGCCCGAUCACCCCCCUCCUCACCCAGCGUCUUCACCCGACUUCCAGGCCGCUGCUCUUCCGUGUUUGGCCCCCGCCACGCACUUUCGCCGCCCGCCCAUCACUUCCCCGUGCAACUGCGUUGGUCGCGAGAGCCAGGCUUUCUUUGAGACGCUGGACCGCGACCUGGCGCGUGUGCGGCAGCUGGAGGCGGCGGCGGGGGCGGCGCAGCUGCUGGCCGCCGACGACUCGUGGGUGCCCGAGCGCAGAAAGAAGGCGGCGGGCGGCGCGGGCGCGCGCCUGGCCCGCCCCACCGCUGGGCCGAGGACGACGACGAGGACGAGGGCGAGGACGGCGUGGCGAGGGCCGCAAGGGCAAGGCCAGGGGCAAGGCCGGGGCGCCCCGCGCAAGAAGCCGCGGCCCGCCCGCCCCCACGCCCCGCCCCGCGCCUGCGAGGGCGGGGGAGAAAGAGGGGGACGGGCGCGCGGGCCGCCAGCAGUGCUGCAGCCGGCGUCGCCUGCACGCCCGCGGGGACCGCCCGCCGCGCGCGCGCCGGGCCGCAAGGAAAGGGCGCGGGCCAAGGCGAGGGCCAAGGCGCGGGAGCGGCACCGCGAGAGGGAGCGGGGAGAGGGAGUUGGAAGAGAGAGCGGGAGGCGGGAGAGGGAGGCGGAGAAGGAGAGGGAAGAAGGGGCGGGAAAAGAGAGGCGAGAGGGAGAGGGAGAGGGAAGGCGGAGGCGGGAGCGGGUGCGGGAGAAGGACGGGCGCGCGAACGGGAGCCGGGAGCGAGAGCGCGGCAAGCAGCGCGUGCGAGGCCCCGAGGGCGAGGGGGCGGGGCUGGGGCUGCUGGCGGCGCCCGACAGAGGGCAGCGCGUGGGCGGCGCGCGCGCCGUCUCCUUCCCGUCCGCCGCCGUCGCCCUCGCGCCCAAGGCCUCCAAGUGCUUAGGAUGUAAGCAACUAAACAAAAGCAGUACAAAUAUUGAGAUGUGUAGAGAUGACGUAGUAGUUCUUGCUCCUGUGAAGGAACCUAAGAGCGGCGGCGGGGGCGGCAGCUUCCGCGACGUGGAGAACGCCCUGGCGGCGGCGUCCUACGACUGGCGGCCGUCCGCGACCUCCUUGGACGCGCUGAAGCACGGCGGGCGGGCGGACGCGUGGCCGCGCCUGCCGCCGCCUCCCGACGCCCCCGCCCCCGCCUCGGCCCCCGCCUCGGCCCCCGCCUCGGCCUCCGCCGACGCCGACCGCUGGCCCGACUUCUCUGCGCUGGCGUCGCUGCGCCACCGCCACCACCGGCCGCGCCACCGCCCGGGCUCGGCGCUCGACGCCGCGCUCGCCAAGCACCGCGAGAUCCUCGCCAACACGUGGCCCCUGCCGGGCGAGCGCCCGCGCGACAAGGCCGGCCCCGGCGCGCGCACGCCGGGCAGCGUCGGCAACCCGCAGGUGGCGCCGCCGCCGCCUCCUCCGCCUCCGCCGCCGCAGCCGCCCCAGCCUCCGCGGCGCCCACGCCCGCCGCAACCGCCUUUCUUCCCCUCAGAAGACGCUGAGCAGCGGCCGCCAGUUGCGCGCACGUUCCGCUACCACGCGUCACCACCAGCCCGCAGCUGCUGGCCGAAGCCGGGCCGCGCAACGCCCCUCAUCCCGGUCGCUGGUGCCCGCAGCCGGGGGGCGUGGCUGGGCGCGCGCGCCCACCGCCCUUGGGCCCCGCGCCGCCCCGCCGCCCCCGGCCCCGCCCCCGCGGCCGCCGCCCCCGGCGCCAACGCCAGCCGCUCCCCUGCGCAGCAGCAGCAGCAGCAGCCAGUGGUCGUCAGGUCGCCACCAGUGGACCCGCUGGAGGAGCAGCUGGCGGAGGCGGCGGCGGCGGCGGCAGCGGGGGUGGGCGCGGGCGGCGGCGCGGCGGCGGGCGGCGGCGGCGAUAGCGGCCACGCGCUGCCGUGGAGCCACGCGCGCCACUUAGAUCGCAUGCAGAUCCAAGGCAAAGGACACCGCCCAAUUGAUUUGUCCCAACAAGAGCCUCCCGAGGAACCUGAAAGCGAGCACCGGGAAGCGUGCUCCGCGGAUCAGAUUUCGGGACAGACUUUUGCUCUCCGUGUGAAGUGGUGCCGGGCGCCGCGGACAUCUGUACCAUUCGGGAAACGUCAUUCUUCGCCGGGUUGGGCCGACGUCGCGUUUCUUGACGCAUGCGUGUCACGGGCGCCGCCCCGACGUGUGUGUGGUGGGAGGAGGAGGAGGAACGAGUUGGGGCUGGAGCACAAGUCGCUGGCGGGGGCGGCCGCCGCGCUCUGGUUGGGGGCGGGUGGCCCCGCGGGGCGUGGACAGUUGGCGGGGGGAGGGGCCGGGCGGGGGCGGGGCGAGGCCCCCUGCGUCGAGGCACAAGACGGAGGAGAGAGGGCAGCCUGCGGCAGCGGCGGCGACGGGCGGCGGCGGCUAGGGCGCGGCGGGGUCGGUGGCAGGCGUGGGGGUGGCGGGGGCGGUGCGGCGCGGGGCGCGCGCAACUUUUAUAAUGCAGGGCUUGCCUGGAAGGCUGCUUGCAGCAUAUUUCGCAAUACAUCUGUACCAUUCGGGAAACGUCAUUCUUCGCCGGGUUGGGCCGACGUCGCGUUUCUUGACGCAUGCGUGUCACGGGCGCCGCCCCGACGUGUGUGUGGUGGGAGGAGGAGGAGGAACGAGUUGGGGCUGGAGCACAAGUCGCUGGCGGGGGCGGCCGCCGCGCUCUGGUUGGGGGCGGGUGGCCCCGCGGGGCGUGGACAGUUGGCGGGGGGAGGGGCCGGGCGGGGGCGGGGCGAGGCCCCCUGCGUCGAGGCACAAGACGGAGGAGAGAGGGCAGCCUGCGGCAGCGGCGGCGACGGGCGGCGGCGGCUAGGGCGCGGCGGGGUCGGUGGCAGGCGUGGGGGUGGCGGGGGCGGUGCGGCGCGGGGCGCGCGCAAGUAA